AUGGUAUUUAUGUAGACUAGGUUACGUAGUCGAUAGGAAAUAGGAACGGAAUUCUUUCGAGCCGAGAAUAGCAUAAGAGAGGUGGAGAUCGCGUUUCGUUGGUAGCCACUGCAGCGAGUAGCAAUCAGCCAGUGAAGAGCCGGGAUAAAAUCGGGACGAUAGCCAACAAGGCAACAAGCAAUUAUAGAAUUGGAUUGGAUCGAGAAGUUCGAGGAGGCCUGCAACGCCGGUUUCGUUUUAUUUUAGCUUAGCUUUCGAAGGCAUCCGGUUGUACAUUCUCAUCGCGGAUCAUCGCCACGAUUACAACAGUUCAAAUUACCGACGAAGGAUAAACGAUAAAAGGGUAGAAAAGCAUAAAUCGUCAUCAUGGAGGCGAUUAAAAAGAAGAUUGCGGCGUUGAAGCAAGAGAUGGAUGCCGCUAAUGAAAAAGUAGAGGCAAAUGAAGCGAAGGCGAGAUCAGAGAACUUUCGUGCGGACAAGCUGAACGACGAUGUAAGGGAUCUGGCUAAAAAGCUCACUCAACUCGAACGAGAUUACGAAGUGGCCAAAGCGAAUUUAGAGCAAUCCACCGCUGAUUUGGAACAAUGCGAAAAAUCUUGGUCUAAGGCAGAGCAAGAUCGAACUACAUUGACCAAGAGGGUGCAAGAAAUUGAGGCAACGUUAACGAAGAAGGAGGAAUUACGUCUUACUGCUCAAACGAAACUUGGACGUGCAUCAGAACUUGCGGAUGAUGCGCGAAGAAUGUGCAAAGUAUUAGAAGACAGAAGUCGGCUGGAUGAAGAACGUAUGGAAAAAUUGAUGCAAGAAUUGAAAGAUGCAAGAUUAAUUGCUGAAGAUGCAGACGCCAAAUCUGAAGAAAUAUCGAAGAAAUUGGCGCUCGUUGAAGAGGAAUUGGAAGGAGCCGAGGAAAGAGUGAAAACCAGCGAGGCAAAAAUCAUAGAACGGGAAGAUGAGCUUUUUAUCGUGCAAAACAUCGUAAAAUCUUUAGAAGUAUCCGAGGAAAAGGCUAAUGCACGAGUGGAAGACUUCAAAAUACAAUUAAAACAGUUAAAAAAAAAAUUGAGGGAGGCUGAGAAACGUGCCAUUCAUGCUGAAAGAACGGUGAAAAAAUUGUUGAAGGAAGUCGAUAUGAAGGAAGAUGAACUCAGAGAAGAAAAAGAAAAAUACAAAGCGGUCUGUGACGAUAUGGAUGCCACAUUCGCAGAAAUGACAGGAUAUUAAAAUUACAGAAACGGAUGGAGUUUCUUUUAUUUUACUAUUCUAAGCUUCUUCCGCUUAUUCGCUACAUUUAAUAAUGGACAUCAGUCGGCUGUGUUCAGCUACGCUGAUUUAAUUCGUUGAAGUAUUCGUCGUAUAGUGUACUGUGAAAAAGAAAACAAUUGAAUGGGGCUUCAAAUAAUUAUAAUAUAAUUAAUUCGAUUAUGAAAGAAGAAGAAAUUAUGCAAUUAAUAUGGCGAUUAAAAAUUGAUUAAACAGCUAGUUUUUGUUAAUCGCUUUGCUUCAAGCUUAACACUUUGCUAAAGCUUCAAAGCCAGAGAUAAUUGAGCUUAGUUGCUUCAGAAACAAAUAGUCUCUUUUCGAUAGAAUUAACAGCAUCACCUAUUUUUCUUUCAGAGACAUUGAAGAGGAAUUGCUGUACAUGAAAACAAGUGCAAUACCGUAUCCCCUUUUUAUCAUUGUAUGCCAAAUCUGUAUUUUCAAUAAACGGUAUUUAAAAAAAAA